AGCAAUUGUGCUGGAGAGCAGGGAGGAAGGAUGUGGCUAAAUACCAUGGCUUAAAGCAGAGAAAAAGCUUUUGUCACCCUUUCCGUUAGUUUUGUGAAUGUGUCCCGUGUGUAUGCAGUCUCAUCUCUGCAGUGGGAACACCUCAUCUAGAGAUAAUUCAACAUAAAUGUACUAAUAGCCUUUGAAAUGUAUCUUCAGUGUGUUAUAAGAAUAUCAUGAAGCUUUAGACAUUAGAAACAGCUGUGAGAGGGGAACUCAAUCCCUAGCCAGGAUACAGUGCAGAUUUUUACGGUAAGGGAAGAGAGGAGGGGGUGAAGAGGAGAGGGGGAGGAGAGGAGGAGAUGGGGGAAGACAUCACUGCCUCUCCAACCACCACCACCACCAAAGGAAACACUGUAAUCUCAAGGAACAUCUCAACGAAUUCCUCAGGAAUCACCACGAAGUAAACCCCCAGGCUGCUACCAUACAUUUCAACGUCGUUGAUUCGGAUUAUCCGUCUUAUUUCUAGUGUAAAAACCGACCAAUCGCAUGCAGCACUAGUGUGCCCAGCCUGUCCUACAUUUCGACUCUUAUUUAUUUAUUUAUUUUUCAUAUUUACAAGGCGUUUUAGGAACGCUAGCCAUUGGAUUUCUUGGCUGUUUAGGCAGUAAAUAAUAACAUGGUUAUUCUGUGGAUUGCACUGGAAUGAGUGGAAGCUUUUGGGCGGAGAGAGACGGAUGCGGACGGACAUUGUGAUCUCUCAUAAUACAGAAGAGAAGAGAUGCUCCACGGGGAUUAUCUUAAACCUCUGUGUUGACCUCUCAUCCCAUCCCGAGGAGCAGGAACAAACGCGAUUGUGCUUCGGUGCUUCCCAGAAACCAAAUACUGAGAAAUUAAUGCUGCCAAUGACGGUUUAAAACACCGAGGAGAGAGGUUAUAAAUAGCGGACCGAAGAGGAAAUGGCCGUUUUCUUCGUGCCUGGGUGAGGAAUGUUGCGAUCCAUUUACAGCGACAGACAUCUCAUGUGCCUCGUAAGACUUAUUUUAUGGUUUAACCGCAGUAAUAUCAAUUGAUGGUGAUCAUUUGUGUACAAUAUGGGGAGCGACAGUGAAAUAUUGAACCGGGAGCUGUCAAAGAUGUCCGACGAAGACUUGCUGACUUGUUCUAAGGAAGAGCUGGUGAAUCGACUCCGCAAAGAAGAAUCGGAUAAGAUGUCCGCUCUCAUACAGCGCGGCCGAUUAAUCAAGGAGGUCAAUAAACAACUGCAGGGACAUCUGCUUGAAAUCAGGGAACUCAAAGUCAUCAACCAGCGGCUGCAAGAGGAGAACCAGGAACUUCGGGAUUUAUGCUGCUUUCUGGAUGAUGACCGUCUGAAGGUGAAGAAGCUCGCACGUGAGUGGCAACUAUUCGGCCAUCAUGCUGCCAAAGUGAUGCGCGAGGACCUUGGCGGAUACCUCAAGAAGCUCGCCGACCUGGAGCGGAUGCAGGACGGUCUGGUGAAGGAGAAUCUGGAUCUGAAGGAACUUUGUUUGGUGCUUGAGGAAGAGUGUGUGAGCAGAAGUGAUUCAAGCCCGGGUGGCUCCACGGAUCUCAACAUACCGUGUAUGGUGGCCCGGGAUGUGGGUGACGGGAGCUCCAGCACCGGGAGUGUUGGCAGUCCAGACCAGCUGCACUUGGUGUGUUCACCAGAUGACUGAAGGAGAGGAGCAGAGCCAUAUUACUUUAACCUUCUCUCUUGAUGCUGAGACAGACUUUUUAUGCCUACAAAAGUAGUUUACAUUUUCUGACAAUGACAUCUCAGAUUUUGGUGGAAAUAGACCGAGACUUAUAAAGUAGGCUAGUUUACUGAUGGGCUUUUUGAUGCCAUAAGGACAGUUUCUCUAUAUUUAAUUGAUUAACAUUUUAUAGUUGGCAGACCUUUAAAACUUGAGGGAAAUUAUUGGGUGCCAGGCAAAAUAGAAUUAUUUUUAAGCUUUAAAGUGACAGCCUUUUCUUUCAAAACCUGUCCUCCUGCUGGAAAAUCCAGCUUAAAGGAAUAGUUUAUGAAACAGAAAUGAAAAAUCUGCCUUUAUUUACUUACCCUAAUGUCUUUCCAAACCUGUAUGACUUUUCUUCUGCAGAACACAAAUGAAGAUAUUUUGAAGAACUGUUUUUAGCCAUAAAAUAAAAGUCAAAGGUGUCCAAUACCGAAUUGGACCCCAUUGACUUUCAUCGUAUGGACCAGGCUUCACAAACUGGGGGUUUGUGAGGGAACUGCAAGGGGUUCAUGAGUGGAUGAAAAGCUAAUGAUUAAAUUAUUUAAAAUGAUUAUAUUAUUUUAAAUAAGACAUUUUUUGGCUGACAAAGAAAGUUUGGGAAUCCCUUGUAUUGACAAAAACAUGUGCAUUUUUCCAGGAUAUUUUCUUUUGCUCUGCAGAAGAAAGAAAGUCAUACAGGAAUGAAUGAGAAUGAUUCAUCACUUUCCCCAUUAAACUGGUAGCUGUGUUUUUGAUACAUGGUGGCUGAUUUCUAGCUGGUCUAAGCUAGUCCUGGACCACCUUAAAAUUAUAUGACCAUCUGGUCUAAGAUGGCCUACCGGCUUGAACUUUCUAGAAACCAUCCACCAUGUUUCAGAAGCUUCAAAUUUUCCUGCAGGCCUAUUUAUCGUAUUAGUAGCAUUAUUUGAAUGUAUGUUUUUUUCGAAGUGUUGCUGGAAUGUUUCCUUUCAUCUCUUACAUGGGUUGUAGAUAGGGGCAAAUAGUUUUGGGGUUGACAUUUUAAACAACAUUGCGAGAAACUGCUAACUUUUUCCAGGUUUUACUGCGCACUGAUCUGUUCACGGGCUGAUGUUUCUCCUACAAUGCACUAUGACAGGGCUGCAAUGAAUCGUCAAUCUUUGGAGAUUCACAUUUUUACUGAUUAAUAGAGCCAUAUACUAUAAUGAUCUGUUUGAGAUCAUUUACAAAAAGCACUGAAUCAUUUUCAAGAAUGGAGAGGAAAUGGUAGUAUCAAAUGAUUGUGCAAAGCAAGGCCUCCUUUGUAAGCAGAUCAGAUUUUUUGUGACAUAAUAUGGCUGUAUCGCAGAGGCCCAAGAUUUAUUCACUGGAAAUGCACAUGUUACUAGACCACUUUUCUACAGUAUGAGAUUGUUAUUUCUUGUUUAUUUUGAACUGGACAGUAUAAUUCACUAGAUGUAGUGACGUGUGCUCCACUAAACGGUGUUGCUGUGCUCUGCACUGAAUCCAAAAUUAACUUUCUUUUGCAUUAACCCCACUUUAACUUCACAGCUGUACUGUACAAAGCUUUUUGUGUUCAGUUAUUGCUUUGACAAGACUUUAAUUAAUACAUGCUUAAUUUCAUGUUUGGAGGAGAAAACAUUGACAGACAUGUAGUUUUAAAAUUAUUGUGCUAGAUAUUGUUAUAAUUAUAGUCAUUUUUGUUGUAUUUGCUGCAUACUACAAGACCCUCCUACAUAGGAUUGUUCUGUUGUACAUGGUUUUAUUCCAAAUAUGAUCAGUAUUAUUUCAAUGACUUCAGUUUUAUAGCUACAAGACCCAGCUCUCUGAUUGAUUAGCAUUUGCUUUGUUUCAGGCUAUGCUCAUAGUGAGUGAGAUAGCUUUAAAUACACUUGACUGACACACCA